AUGGACUACACGGUCCAGAUCGAUGACCGUCAGAUCCUCACCACCGUCACCGAAAGUGACAUUGAUGCCCAGAUGUGGGUGCGCAAUGUCCGUCAGCUCUAUUGGAAGCACCGCGGCCGCCUCAUCAUCGGCCUCCGCCUCUACUGCCACCUCAACUACAUAAAGCGUGGCCUCGACGGCAACCCGUUCUCCGUCAUCGUCCUCUGCGUCGGUGCAUCCUGCCUAAUCUACAAGUUCAGGUUUAGUAUGUCUUAUGACCACUUCCAUAUCCACAAGGUCCUGAUUGACUUCCUCAAGGAUCUAAAGAUCGCGUUCGUAGGUGUUGAUAUCGUUCGGGACUCGAAGAAGCUCAAGGACUGCCCUGUGCUCUCCAUCGACAAUGUGAUAGAGCUAUAG